GAACAGACAAGACAAUUUCAACGAAAAAAAACCACACGAAGUCGUGGGACAUUAUACAUAAGUAAUCAAUAAGACUAUGAAACCAACUUGCCAAAACACACCUCAAUUCGCUAAGACAAUCGAAAUAGCGCAACUAGUCCUGGAUGCGUGAAUUACAUCGACCAAUGAGAGGGCGGCGCGGGAGCAUGGAUGGACCAUAGAAUGCGCGUCAAUCCGGCGCCGGUAUACCUAUUCCUGCUGAUUUAUACGUGCGCACACGCAUUCAUUCCUGGCGCCGAUGGUCCAGUGUCGAGUCAGGAGGCGUUGGAAGGCGACAGCACGACGCUGCUCUGCGACUCCACCCCUGACACCAGCAACGACGAGCUGAUGCUGCUCGUGUGGUACAGGAACAACGCGCCCAUCUACAGCUUCGACGCUCGUAUUGGGGCAGAAUGGUCGAACCCACACUUCAACACGACAGGGCGGCUGGUGGCGGACCUGAACCAGCAGCCGACCGUCCUGACCAUCCAUCAUUUAAGAGCUGAUGACCAGGCACUCUUUCACUGCCGCGUCGACUUCGCACUUUCUCAGACCAGGAACUUGGGAGUCAACCUUACAGUUGUUGAACUUCCAUUCGAGCCGUUUUUUAUGGACGAACUCCACAACAAGGUGGACAAGAAAAUCGGACCUUACCACGAGGGAGACACCCUGGUUUUGACCUGCCUCGUCAUCGGAGGCCGACCGCCGCCCCGCAUCAGCUGGUACUCCGGCGAGACCCUGGUGGACGCGUCAGACUGCGACAGUGAGACCCCAGACAUCCGGGAGAACGAGCUGUACCUGCCUCUGACCCGGGAGAACGCUGCUGCGCUGUCUUGUAGAGCCUCCAACACCAGGCUCGCGCCUCCUGUCAUCGCCACGCUGGAGGUCGAACUUUAUUUGCCAGCAUACAACGUGUCGAUACAUUUCGUGGAGGGGACAGUGGAUGAGACCCUCCAGGUGGGGAAACCUGCUCUGAUCCACUGCCAGGCAUACGGGUCCCACCCGCCCCCUGACUUGUCCUGGUGGCUCGACCAUCGUCACCUCACGCAGCACAGCAAUCAGACAUGGAACAACAAAACGAAGGCAGCGACGUCGCAGCUGAUGCUGAUCCCGUCUGUGGUGGACAACGGAGCCACCCUGGCCUGCGUGGCAACCAACACCAUCAUGGAGCGCAGCCGGGGCUCCAAGGCUGACGUCAUCACGCUCAAUGUUACUUAUAGCCCAAUAGUAGAAGUGUCAAGAAUAGGAGACGGCAGACUGAAUGAAGUGGUAGAGCUCGACUCGCUGCACUUGGAGUGCGAGGUCCGAGCCAACCCGCCCGUCGAUAGGUUCAUGUGGUAUUUUAAUGAUAGUAGAAUAAUCGCUGGGAGUAUCUGGGGUGAUGAGGUGACGUCACACAAGCUGUACAUAGAGGAGGCGACACGGCAGCACGCCGGCCGGUACUCCUGCGCAGCCAGCAACAACGUGGGCGAGACCCGCGCCGAGCAUAUCAGUAUUACCGUCUUUUAUCCACCAGAAUGCACAGAACGGGGCAUCGUAUUAGUUAAAGAAACCCUCCACUGCAGAGUGAGAGCGCUACCAGCUCCAGACACGUUCUUCUGGCACGUCCAGCCUUCAGGCUUCGACGUUCAACACCUGACUACUGGCUCUGCCAUCCUUCCAUUAUCUCAAAUCACUGGACCGUUAUCAGGGAGUCUAAAAGCCAGCUGUGAAGCAGGGAACGGAGUAGCGUCUCAGGAGAAACCGUGUGAGAAGACCUUGAGCUUAGAGAGCUUGAGGCCUCAGCAACCGCAGCAGUGUGAUAUGGCGUAUGAGUAUGGAGAGUUCCAAAUGAGAUGUAUGCCAGUGGAGAACGCGACAUACUACGAAGUGUCAGUGUGGCGGAUGUCCACCACCAACACGUCUCUGAUCCUCGAGCGGCGAGGGUCUAUGGGAUUCGGCAGCGGGCAGGCCAUGGCGCAAGGUGGGGCUGCGUGGCUGGUUCGAGGAGGGCUGGGGAAACUGAAGUUUGGAGACGAGGCUGGAGCGUCAGCGUGCAACAGAUACGGCUGCUCACGCGCAUUGCUGCUGCGGCCGACGGAGAAUUUACUCCAUGCAGCUUCGCCGCCCUGGUGGCAUUUUCUCCUCGAGAAAGACGUGGGGAUAUCGCUAGGAGCAGUGGUCCUGGUCGCAGUAUUCCUCAUCUCGACAACCCUGGCAGUGCGGUUGGCCAGACGACCCCGGUCUAAGGCCCCGGCCCCCGUCAUCCAAGUGCUGCAGCUCGAUGAGGUGGCCAGGGACUACCUGGACAAUAUCGGAGAACAUAAAGUUCACGCGUCGUGCAGCCUACGCUCAUGCAGCAGCGCUUAUUCUGACAACUCGACUGAAUCAGCGCCACCUGUGGACAGACGACGGAAGCCUCGAGCACUUUGGGAUCAGUGGGAACCACCGCCUGACGUCACACUCACAUUACACCGAGAAAGCGCUGUCUAAAUAUUUGAAGCCAAUGCCAUCAGCGCCAUCUACCAGUUUGGAAUGAAACUAGCGUCAGUAUCGCCAAAAUUAUGGUUUUAUUUUAAUGGCCUAAAGAGACGAAAGGACUCCAGUGCCAAAACAGUAAAAACUUCUUUUAUAAGCGUAACGGUGGCCAUCUGUAAAUUGGUACUGGAACUACUGUUGAAAUUGUUAGAAGGAAAGUUUCCCUCACAUCAAACUGCUUCAAUAUUGAUAUAAAUAUUACAAACAUCGCAAAUUACAGUUUAUUUUCAAUAAACAGGUAGUACCAGAAACAGUACCCCUCUCCGGUUGAUUGAGGGGAGGCCUGUGCCCAGCAGUGGGACGUAUAUAGGCUGUUUAUGUGUACCAGAAACAGCACUGUAAUUUGAUAGAUUUUCCUGACAUAUUUACCCAGCGAAAACUCUCAUUUGUUAGAAAGAGAGAGAUAAUAAGGACAAAAAAGCGUGGUAGGGUCAAGCAUGCAUACUUACGUUUUAAAAAAGAAAGUUCUAUAAUAGGUAUUGUAUUAUACUUUCAAGUUAUUACUGGCCUAAUACAUAAAUUCCGGAAAUAUUCCCAUUAGGUAAGGAUAAAAAGAGAUUUCUGUCACAUCGGAACAAAUUAAAUUCGGCCCGUUUUGGCAAGAAAUAGGAUAAGUAUAAAGCAUGUUCUGUAAAUAUUGUUCCUGUUUCUCUUAUAUAUAUUGUAUAACGACUGAAAUCAUCUGAAAAACAAAAACUUCGUCAGAAUUUUCUAUAAUAAGUACCUUUUAAAGGGAAAAUGCAAACUUCCUUUUGCCUCCCCUUUUUAAAACUUGAAUACAGUCAGUAAUACACAACCAUUUUUUUUUAAUUUAUGAGAAUAAAAUGUCGCGUCAAUAGGUACACAUACUUUUUGUACAUUACUAUAAUUAAAAGAAAAUUGUGUUAAUACAACAGAAAAUAAAGCAUCCUUUUAUAUUUAUUAAUUACUACUAAAAAAUAAAAAAUAUAAAUUAUUGUUGUAAUAAAAAAUAUCAUAAAGAUUUAAUUUAAUUUAAGUUCAUGGUAUCACGGUCCCUUAAAAAUGUGAGACCUCAUUUUCAACUGUUUUUUCGUUUAGCAAUCUGCAAUUUCACUAUUAUUAUCUCUAAAAGAAACUGAAUGAAAUCAGUAUAUUUUCAUACGUUUAUUGUUAUAUUAGUUAAACUUUAAAAAAAUGUGUCUACAAUCAUAAAUUAAAUGUAUUUAAAUGUUAAGUACCUGUAAGGU